GUAUGCGCCCCCUUAACGCUUGGUCUGUUCCGUGCUCAGCCCGGUAGAUUUACACAGCGUGAAUAGCGUUGUAUGUAAAUAGUGUAGCGACGUAUAUGUCCGCUGAAUAUUUCGGCAUGUUUUCCUUACGUGAUAGACAUAUAUACCGGUAGUCUACAAGCAUAUAUAGGACCAUGUCAUUCAAGUCGCGCUGAAUUGUCCCAGAACUCAGAUGAAUUUAGCCCUUACGUCAUAAACAUUGUAUACUCCUCCCCCAAACUCGACUAGUCCGCUUCACGUGCCAGCGGUGGACUGGAGUACGUUGUAUACCCUCCAACAGAGACUGUGUCGCGGUGUACGAGUCAGCCCGAUUGCGAGCUUUCCACAGCUUCAGGGGCUAAUCCAGGAAUGGAUUGAUUCUGUGUCAAUGUGUUGUUUGUACUUCUAACAUAAUCAUGAUCAUUUGAUUAGGAUUUAAUCAUAUUUUGAGGAGAAUCGAUUACGAUAUACGACUGGGAAACAUUCCGAAUCAACACAGGUGAAAAAUCGCCGUGUUUGGCAGACGACACAUAAACCCGGCACGUGAAGUGGGGAUCCCACACUCUACUUUCUCUUCGCGUUUUAUAUUCGGAGGAAAAUUUGCUCCGUUAGAUAUUUUUUCUUCAGGUCUUUGGCGAAGAGGGUAGACACAAUGCGGAUUUUACCCAAAUGUGUGGUGCUCAUUCUCUCUGUUGUGUUAGCGACGGUGGAAUCCCAACCAGAAAACAACAUUGACUUACUGACUGCUGUUGGGGUUCCCUCUGUGACUAAUGGGGUAGGCUACGAGACAGGAAUUACUGGCUACCCAGCAUUUUCUUUCAAUGAAAGAGCAUUUAUACGCAAAAGUGCUGCAGAAAUAUUUGGUGCAGCCCUAAAAUAUCGGAACUUCGCUUUAACUUUAGCCGUGAAACCAACACGAAGAGAAGGAGGUUUUCUUUUUUCUGUGAAAAACCCAUAUAACACUGUAGUUAUUUUUGGUGUUUUGAUAGAACCAUCAACAUUACCAAGAAGGGAUAAUCUAGUUUUUUAUUACACGGAAAAUGCCCAAUUUCAAAAUCGGGUGCCAUCAAACGUGUUAGCUAAUUUUACAGUGGAUUCACUUUAUAAUAAGUGGACAGAACUGGGAAUUAAAGUCGAAGACAGUACAGCCACGCUUUACGUAAAUUGUGAAAGAACAGAAAGCAGGCGGAUCAACAGAAAUAGCGCACGUCUGUUAGCCAUUGAACCAGGAUCGUCAUUCUACAUUGCGCAGGGCGGACCUAACUUCGAAGGAGAUCAGUUUGUUGGUGCUAUAAACGAAUUAAAAAUACAUGAAGAUCCUAGGGAAGCGGAACGAGAUUGCUCAGAGUCCAUAUCUGGAUCAGGCGGGUCUUCAGGAGAUGAUGAAGAUGAUACGAGGACACCGUCACCACUACCACCGGUCACAGAUAUUGAUGAAAUUGUAACUGGAAAUGGAGAAAAGGGAGAUCAGGGCGAGAUGGGAGAACGUGGACCACAGGGUUUGAAGGGUCAAAAGGGAGAUCAGGGACUGAGGGGUCUGCCUGGUCCAAUGCCUACAAUACCACCCCCUCCACCACAGCCACCAUCUCUUAAGGGAGACAAGGGUGACAUGGGAGAGAAGGGAGACAGAGGAGAAGUUGGUGUUCCCGGGUUUCCAGGACAGAAGGGAGAGAUGGGCGUUGAAGGUUCAGAUGGGCUACCUGGUUUACCUGGGUUAUCUGGAGACAAAGGAGACAUGGGGGUCCAGGGCAUGCCAGGAAACCCAGGCAUUGGAACAGCUGGACAGAAGGGUGACCAAGGUGAUCCGGCCAUUGUAGACCACGACGAGAUUGCCUCAAUUUUACUUAGCAUGUCUGAAUUCAACAUCAAGGGGGAGCCUGGAGUGAAAGGAGGCAAGGGGAUGGCAGGUCCUGCUGGUCCCGAGGGGCCUGAAGGCAGAGAUGGGUACCCAGGGGCCCCUGGAGAUCCAGGAAGAAUCGGGGAGCCUGGACAAAUGGGACCAAAGGGAGAACAAGGUAUCCCAGGAAUGGGAAUACCAGGGUCUGAUGGCUUACCAGGUCCCUUGGGACCCACAGGACCUAUUGGUCUCACAGGCCCCCAGGGUAAGCCAGGACCACCUGGGCCCCCAGGGUCACCUGUGGUAGUUGAAGGAUCAGGAGAAGAUGUUUUGGGAGAGAUGGGACCUCAGGGACCCCAAGGAGAACGUGGUGAGACUGGUGCAGUUGGACCUAUGGGAAUCCAAGGCCCUGUCGGACCCAUGGGUCUUCCUGGUGUUCCAGGAUUGCAUGGUGCUAAAGGAGAGCCUGGUGUCUUUGCCUACAAUAUGUCAGACUUGAUUGGUCCUGCGGGAAAACCUGGUCUUGCUGGAACACCCGGUUUACCUGGUAUAACUGGUGCACCAGGGGUAGACGGACAAAGAGGGCCAUUGGGUCCCAAAGGAGAUAGGGGAGAAUUUAUCCAGAUAGCAAAUACAAAACGUUUUAUUUCAUGUUCUGAAAAUUACUUGUAUUACUAUAACAAGAUUCAACGGGCAUGUGAUAAAUUGUGUUAUUUUCUCUUCAAGGGGUCUGGUGGUGGUAGCUGUGAAUGUGAGGGAGUUGUCGGCCCCAUGGGACCUGCUGGACCCACUGGGCCUGGUGGAGUUCCGGGACUGCCUGGUGUUGAUGGGGCCCAAGGUCCUCCUGGGAACCGAGGGAUUGCAGGAGUAGCGGGCAGAAAUGGAGAAAUGGGGCUGAAGGGCGAUCAGGGAGCUGAUGGUAGGGAUGGAGAGCCAGGUAACCCCGGGCCACAGGGUAGGGCAGGUACUGCUGGACUUCCAGGAACUCCCGGCAUUCCUGGCUCAGACGGAACCCCAGGAAUGAAGGGUGCUACAGGUGCUCCUGGUGUAGGUACACCUGGACCUAUGGGACCGUCUGGAAUAAACGGUCAGAAUGGAACCCCCGGACCACCUGGACCCCCCGGACCCCCUGGGCCCGCUGUCACAGUGGAAGGGGUCGGAUCUGGGGAGAUGGGUACUAUUGACUUUGAAGGAGGAAUAGCUGGUCCUAAGGGGGAGAGGGGAGAGACUGGUAUUGUUGGUCCAAGAGGUAUGGAUGGCCUCCCAGGCAAGAUGGGCCCUGUUGGACCCCCGGGACCUGCCGGUCCUUUAGGUGAACCUGGCUUCCCAGGACAAAUGGGUCCCAAGGGAGAAAUGGGCCCUGCUGGUAAUGACGGGAGGGAUGGUGCCACAGGAACUCCAGGAGAACCAGGGAGCGUAGGCAUGCCAGGACUUCCAGGCAGCGAAGGACCCUCAGGACCUGCUGGACCCACUGGGGCCAGUGGUCCGCCUGGGCCUCCAGGCCCCAGAGGAUCUGGUGGAGAUGGAGAGGCACUGAUCUUGGGCGGUGAGAAGGGAGAGAUGGGAGAGGCAGGUACCCCAGGACGAGAUGGGGCUCCCGGGGAGCCAGGUCAACCUGGGCCCAUUGGCCCGCGAGGUUUCAGAGGGUCCAAGGGAGCUAUUGGCAUGCCUGGACUUAUGGGUCGUCGGGGAUGGAGAGGCAGGAAAGGUGAACGUGGCUAUGGACUUCGCGGACCCAAGGGAGAACCAGGAGUACAAGGUUUAGGUGUAAUUGGAGGAGCAAUCAGUUCAGGCACGAAGGGUGAGCCAGGUGAGAGAGGACUCCCAGGUGUCCCAGGGAGUUCAGGACGUGACGGUAAUAAUGGCCGACCGGGAGUUAGAGGCAGAGAUGGUGAUGAUGGAACAAAAGGAGAAAAGGGAGAAGCAGGACGAGAGGGACGAGUAGGACCCCGUGGACCCCCAGGACCGGUGAGCAUUGGAGGAUAUGGGGAGUCCACGUUUGAGGGAGCCAGAGGACCUGCUGGACCACCCGGACCACAGGGCCGACCAGGAAUCCCUGGGACUCCAGGGACCAAUGGUGGACCAGCCAAUUUGUCAGGAGGGUCAUCGGGAGCUGUUGUAUUCAACGCCGCCAGUGAACUAAUGACUGUUGCCCAUAGCUUACCUCCAGGGACUUUUGUCUACAUCAACAACGAGGAGAAAGUUUACAUCCGUGUUAAUAAUGGCUUCAGGUUGAUACAGAGCGAGGUGGUGGAGUUGGGACAGUUCCUGCCCUUACCGACAGCAACCACAGCUGCACCCACCAGCGCUCCGGCACCAUUCCGAAUCAGGCCCAAGACCACCGAGGCACCAUACUUACCUCCCUCCGACUCGGGCAGACUCAUCAAUGACAGGGGUGCCAAGAGGCUAUACCUGUUUGCUCUAAAUAAGCCUUAUGCUGGAAACAUUCGAGGAAUCCGUGGGGCUGACUACGAAUGUUACAAAGAGUCCAGAGAAGCUGGCAUUUCCAUUGGAAGGAAGACAUUCCGGGCGCUAUUGUCCAGCUCCACUCAAGAUUUUAGAUCAAUCGUACCAUUAGCGAGGGACCAAUUGAUACCUAUUGUCAAUAAGCGUGACGAAAUACUGUUUGAUUCAUGGGAACAAAUGUUAAAUGGCAAUGGUGGAACCUUCAACACUUCGACUCCUAUCUACUCGUUUGACGGUCACAAUGUUCGGACCAGUAGUCGAUGGAAACAGAAAUACGUUUGGCAUGGAUCCGAUCGUCAAGGUCGAAUGAGUAGCAAGUUGACUUGUCAAGGCUGGCAUUCGGGAUUCAGGAUGUCCGAAGGCUUGGCAUCUAACUUGCUGGAAGGCAAGAUGGUGGAAACAAACAAAUUUUCUUGUAACAACGAGUUUGUUGUACUUUGUAUCCAAAAUACAAGCGAAAGAAUGAGGAAGAGGAGGAGGAAGUAAGGAUGCUUCGCACGCAAAUCAUCUGUUCAGCUUUUUAUUCCUACCUAGCUGGAGGGAACAUGGAACAUAUACCUUAAUACUAGACCGGAAUGGUGGAGUUUUCUCACGGUUUAGUUAAAAGUUACAGUGUAUCCCCCCCAUUGUUAUUUCCAACUCAUGAAUAUGCAAAUUUUGAUAUGUCAAAGAAAAAUUGCAUAGAAAUGCAAAUUUGUAAAAGUAAUUAUGUAAAUAUAUGCAAAUUAGACAAAAUGUUUGCAAAAAUGAAUUUGCAUAUGUCUGUGAGAGAUUGGCCCUGGAAUAAAUGAACACAUGUAUUUGGGAACAAGCAGGAUGACCUGUUGAUGCAAUUUCUGGUGGAUCCUAACUGUUACUGUUGCUAAUUGUGACAAAUUAAGCCUGUGACUGUGAUAUUUUUAAAGAUGAAUAUAUUUAUUGUGCCUUGAUUUGUGUGAAGAUCCGAGAGUCUCUUCUGCAUUGACUCCGUGUCAGAUGGCAUCGGUGCUGAUACUGCAACUCCAUGUCAGAUGGCAUCGGUGAUGAUACUGCAGAGGUGCCUCCCCAACCCUCAUAAUAUGAGGGCCAGAAGUUUGCUUUUGAGACGGCCCCCUUCAGUUAUCUUUUGAGAUUGGCUCCCAAGUUCCUCUAAUUGCAUAGAUGAAAGUGUCCUUUCGACAAGGCCAAUUUGAGGGGUGAUAUCACAAGAGAAGAUACGAGGAUGAAUUGAUGCAACGCAGUAGGGUGAAAUCCUAAUAGAGAUUGUGAAAAAUAGUAACACCAACAAUUCUGUGUGUCAUUUAGGAUACACUCCAUAGUGACUGUCCUGAGACGAGUCAUAGUUAUACCAUAUAUGGAAUUACCAAUGAAAAUUAUGCAAAAACUUCAUAUUUAGACAUUAUAGUAUUCUUUUGAUCUGCUGAGUGCUUUUGAUUGUCCAUGUAGUGUAUAUUGUAACAGCACAAACCAUUUUACAUUGGAGCAUUUCGUAUUAAUAUAGCUUUAUAUUUGCUGAAGAGGAAAAACUUAUGCGACCAAAAAUUCCAUCUUUUUUUUUAAUUAUUUAAAAAAGAAAAAAAAAAUCACCUUUCUUUUUUUAAUGCAUUUUUGUUUUGCUCAUUCAGACAAACAAUUUUGUUUUAAAUGUCAGCUGCAUGAAAUGUUAGUACCCAACAAAAAACCAAAAAUAUGUGUAGAUGAUUUGUGUUGUUCACCUAUAUUUGUACAAGUUUAUCAUUUGCCAUAAAUGUUCCACGACUUUAUUUACCUAGUAUGAUAUGCCAUAAGUAUCUAUUGGUUCAGUAUUUUUCAAAUUACUAUUUCACCAAAUCUGUCAACAAUAACAUCGCUUACCUAUAUCUUUACAUCUUGCUCGUUGAUGAAGUAUUUUUUGCUGACCCUACUUAGAUCUAGAGGUGUCGGCCUCUAACAAGUCUACAGGGUGAGAAUCCCCUCGGAGCAUAUUUCCAGGGAGGGAGGUUUUGCGUGAUGAAUUUCUUGCAGCAUUUUUUGCUUGUAACAUACAGCAUAUUAAAGUGAUUUUAUUGAAGACAGAUCUGAUUGAAUUAAUGACUGUAAUAUAGUCUGUAAUCGUUAAUAUUGACAGAGGAAGGUUUCAAGAUGAAGAUGAGUCUUUCGUUGAAGAGUAAAAUUUGAGGAAAUUUCAUUGAAACUUAAUCAAAAUUUGCUCUAGUCAUAUAGUGACAGCCUGAACCCAGUUAAAUCUUCCGAUAAAAUUUCAAUAAAAUGAUUUUUUUUUAUGUGGAUUGAAUUAUUUUUUUAUCAGUGACAAUGGUAUUCGUAUUGGUUAAACAGUUCCAAUAUCGCGGAACAUUUUUAUGCGAGUUUCUGAACAAGAACGCCAACAUAAUGGUGACAUGUCAUCUUUAGAAAUAGCCUAAAUCUCCUUAAACCUUUCAACCCUCGGUAACUUUAAUGGAAUCUACCUUGUAUUUAUUGGGAUGAGUCCAAUAUGGUCUACAGUGGUGAAAGGGUUAAACAAGCAGAUCUCUCCUUUCUGAAGUAUGCAUCACCAGCGCAUACAAGUAUUAUACAGCAUAAUAUAUAAUGUUGUUUGUUUUCUUUCACUAAUUACAUAGUGUUAUGUCCACCUGUAUUAAAUCAUAAUGUUGAUGUAAAAUCUGCUUUCAUUUUUGAAUGUUUUAUAUCACUUUUUGCUUACAAUAGUAUCACAUUUAUUUUCCUCUGAAAAAUGACAAGCAUGCAUUGUAACCAAAAUAUGGUAAAUAUUUUUGCAUUUUUUUUUUUUUUUAAAUAUUUGCCAUUAGUUUAUAUCCAUAAUUCUAUAAAAGGAAUAAAAAUGAAUGUAUGAAAUAAGAGUUUGAUAAUCUGAUAUUUGUGUUCAGUAACGGAAGAUUUUGUUUUAUAACGUUGUUUUACUCUUCCAUUCCUUUUUGUAAUUUUACCUGUAAAAACUUUUAUUAAAAUAUUUCAGAAAAAGUGAGAAUUAGAUAUGCCCUUCCUGUUCCCGUUGGAUGGACAUCACUGGAAAUUGAGUGUUUAAAUUGUGAAAUUAACUCAUAAAAAAUAGUUUUUAUCUUGCAGUGUUGCUAGCUUAAAAAUUGGAAUACAUGUAGUUAUGUGGAAAACUGCUCAUAAGAUUAAGCAGAGUUUAAAGAACUAGAUGAAUUAUUUCUCAUGUCGAGUGUCUACAUUUUGCUUUAACCCUUUCACCCCUAUGUAACUUAAGUGGACUCUACCAUGCAUUGAUAUGGAUGAGUCCAUUAUAGUCUACAGUGGUGAAAGGGUUAAAUAAGCAAUAUUGUAACAGAAAGUUCAUAUCAGAGUGCUGAUAGGUAUAUUUUACUAUAAUAGGUCUGCCAUGUCUCAUAUGGAAAAGCCAAAUUGUGUCAAUUUUUUUUUUAUUAAUUAAUAUUAAAAUCAUUUAUGUGGAUUUGAGAUUUCAUUAACGGAACAUGUUUUCUAAUGUAAAAAUACUUAAUCUAAGAAUAUUUCUUUUACUCUGGAAUUUUUCUUAUAGAAAAAGUUGGAGGAGCCUAAUUCUUUAUCCUUUCACCCCUAUAUAACUUUAGUAGACUCUACCAUACAUUCGUCUGGGUGAGUCCAUUAUGGUCUACAGUGGUGAAAGGGCUAAGCUAGUGUAUGCAAUCUUAUUAGGAAUAAAAGAUAAUAUAUAUAUUGAACCCAUUGCGAUUAAGUUGAACUGUAGGACAGGACACUGUUCUUUUCAUUACAUAUAAACACCUAUAAUUUUUACUAAGAUAGCGAUUUCAAGCAAAUACUGUAUAUCUACCGUUUUUCCUUUAAACAAAAGAUUAUCAUCGAUCUCUUUUAAAACGUCUUCAUUGAUGCUUUAACCCUUUCACCCCUAGGUAACUAGAGUAGACUCUAUCAUACAUUCAUCUGGAUGAGUCCAUGAUGGUCUACAGUACUGGUGAAAGGGUUAAGAAACUUUACUCUUUAUUAAAGUAAUUGUUUAAUUGCUGUCUAUAUGCAUGUCAUUUUUGCUUAUAAAUGUAUGAAUUGAUAUGGCCAGUUAUGUGUCAAAUAUUUACUGAUGUCACUUGUACAGUGGAACCCGCCUUAACUGACUGAUUAUUCUAGUAAUAUGCCUGAAAAGUCACACAAAAAAAUGAAAAAGGAGAUUCCUAGUCACCCCUUUGUAGUCGUGAUUAUCAAAAGUCUGCAUAAUCAUAAUCCAGAUUGCCAAAAUCUAGAUUAUCAUCGACACUUAGAUGGACGCUCAAACCCAGCCCGGGAUGAUUUAGUCAAAAUUUUGAUUGUUAAUCUUAUAAAACUUAGUGCAAUAAGAUAAAAAUUGGUCAAUGAACAUUUUAAUUGUUGUAAAUCGUGGCUCUGCGUUGCCAACAACGAAGGAUUGAUUAUAUAAACAGGGGAAUAGUCAACAACGGUUACAAUAUCAUUAGUGGCUGCUCUGUUCAAUGCCGUCUUUUCAUAUUGCAGAGUUAUCUUCCCUUGUAAGCAGGUAUUGAUUGUUACGUCAUUUGUUUGUGAGAGUAAGUAACAUCAUCAAUUUUUGAGAAAACGACGAAAUUUCCUCACACAAACCGAUGACAGAACAAUCAAUACCUGCUCACAAGAGAAGAUAACUCUGUAUUACACAAAGACGGAAGAGGGGACAGAUACAACAGCAGAAGUUGUGACUGAAAGUCUGGUUCGGAACAUUUUGAAAUGGCGCUAAAAACAUUAUUAUUUAUUUAUCCUUUGGACCGGAACAAAGGGACCACAUACAUGUAGGCCGGACUCUUUUGUACCACAGGAAUAGACGAGUAUUGUGGCUGUAUAUUUUAUCUUCCAGCAAUCAAGGAAUCUUGUGUCAGAUUGGGCGGAUUUUACUGAACCAGAACAAGUCAACUCCCUGUAAACAUUGUAAAAUACAUGUUGUACGUUACCUAGAGAAAUGAAAUCAUUAUGUGCACGUUUCGUAACACUCCAUAACUCUGUCGCUGUUAUUAUAACUAUCAUUCUGUCCAUAAAAUGGAUACUUAGCAUGUAAAAGUUGGGUUCUGGAUAUCUCAGCUCAGCAACAUUUAUUAUUCAAACACAAUAGAGGAAAUUAAAAGAUGUUUAACCAAAAAUGUCCUAUUACGAAAAAAGAAUUUCAAACAUAUUUCAUUCAAAAUGCUGCAAAAGAAUGUUCUAUACUUCACUGUUUGAAAUUUAAACCAUUUGUAAUGGGGCAUUUGUAAUACUGAGCGUACAGAAGCAACCUGGAACAGAAAUACACGUAACAUUUAUGGUCAAUCCAGGCUCUGCCCUUCGACUGUAUUUCAUAAAGCAAACAGAAUCAGCUUUCCUGUUACGGAGAUUUCUAGAAAUUAAUUUCUACAAGUCAUGUUUGGAACGGAAACAUCAUAAGUCUAGAACCCAGCUUAGUUUCCAUGUCGCAUAUAUAUAUUAUUAUUCUUAAAGAUCAUUAUUGAUGAAUAUGUAAUUAAAUUACUCUUAGUUUAAUGGAUUAUUUUAUUUUGAAAGGAAACGCUUUCCGAAUAUUGCAUGAUUACAUGAUUGUAAAUUGUAACCUGCAUCUUUGAAGAUACCGGUCAACAUCAUGUUUUUACCAUCCUAGUUGUAUAUGUUAAUCGGCAUCUUUGAAGAUACAAAGUUUAAACACAUUUACUUAAUUACGAUAAAAUCAAUAUCAAAAUAUGCGUGCUCCUUUUUAAAUAUUGCUUUUGCUUGCAUAGCAAUAUGUGCCAUCUUAUUUCCUUGAGACUUGUGUGGAAUCAAGUAAAAGUUUUUCAAGGGUUUUUAUAAUUUGAAAAAAUCAAAUCAAAUUUAAUAUGCAUGAUUACAUUUUGUUUUUGAAGAGAUCUAUAAGUUUUUAUUUUUAUUUUUAAUAUGGUCUUUGAAAAUCACAUAUAAAAUCAUUUUCAAAAAAUUAGGAACUCGGUAAAAAUAUACUUUAGAUCAUAUGGUUAUCAAAAAUUCCAAUAAAUCCUUUUUUCCCCCUAUUUAUACUUAAUUAUAUGCUUUAACGCAUAAUGACACAUGAAUGACAUGUUUCAGCUAUAAAUAGAAUCCGGUGUUUGUGUCUGGUGUACAGAGACCUGUAGGAGUAUAUAUAAUUAACCAUGCUUACGGUAUACACUGGGUCUUAUAGACUGGUAUGAAAGUAAUGAGUAUACCUAUGUAUAAUUGUUGUUUUUGUUUAUACAGCUUUAAAAUGACCUAGAUCAUUCCUCGUCACAAAGAUCUACAAGUGUCGCUUAGGUGUUGCUCAGCGAUAGUUUUCUCUGCUGUCGGCAAUGACAAAAUUAUUAGCCGAACUAUCACGUUAAGAGCUCUUUCACAAAUUUAUACCUGUAAAUACGAUACGAUUUUACUGGGUGUUUCAUUCUCUAUUUGUUGCCAUUAUGGGUAAUAAUUACAAAAAUUAUUGUCCCCUGGCCUGUUAAUAACAACUCUUAAAACAGUACAAAUUUCAUCAGAACUAUACUCUCAAAAACUAUUAACAAAUGCAUUUAGUUGCUGUCAAAAGUUCCCAAUUAUUUUUGUAUCGGCAACAUAAUUCAAGGAUUGAAUUAAUAUUUUUAUGAUAUUGAAGAAUGAAAAUACCCUUGCAUAUGUUUUCGGUAGACUUUUAUGCCAUUUUAAAGCAAUUUUUAAAACCGUGAGAAUCAAUCUUUAGUACAUAUACUGUGUAUUUCUGGUUCAGAAAUAUAGGAAGAUUUUCAUUUGUUUGCUAAAACUUAGAAAAAAUUGUUUCUUGGAUCCUUUAUAAAACAUACAACAAAAUAUUUUACCUUUGUUGUAUAAAUUAUUCUCCUUUGAACUACAAUUAAUGAACAUUCAUUGCCAUGAAUUUGAAAUAACACAAAUAUACAAGCUGAAAUUGACUAAUAUAUGAUACUUUUCUUUCGACACUUCAAAUCAGUAGGCAUUGAUUUUAAAAGAGGUUUGAAAAGUCCAUUGUUUGUGUGUCUGUUUUAUAAUUUGUAUAUUACUUUAAUUAUUUUUCUUAAAAUCAGAGUCAGUAUUGCUAUACCAUGUAAUCAAGCAUAAUGCUACUUCAUCCCCAUCAUGUGUCUAUGUUGACUCAUUCACCCCUGAAGACACGUACAUUUGAGCCCUUCCAAUUCAAAGGUUGGAAUAGUUCAUUAUGAAAUUUCAGGGGUGAAAUGAGUUGAAACUGUACAGUUGUAUUGCUUUUAUCAAGCCAUCCAUCUUCCCAUCUUAAAUCACUGGAUUGUGACGGGGCUGGGGAAACGAUGAAUAUAGCGAAACAUUUUCCCCAAAACACUGGUGGCUGUGUUAACAAAGCUCGACUGUAGAGUUUAAAUUUUACAGCAAGGUUUUCAAAACAUUUCCUAGUAUCCAUUUACUCAUCAGCUUCUCUAUAAACCACUGACACAAAAGUAAUUUGAGGAGCUACUAUAACAUUUGAUAUUGUUUAGAUUGCUACAAAUAGAAUGGCUCGUGAAAGUGCCUUGAACAAGUUCAGAAGAGUUAAAUUGAAAUCAUCUGAUGUUAUACCCCAUACAACUAUAGUAGGGUCGGUGUGUUGUGGCGAUGUGCAGGUGUCUAAACAGUAUUUGUUGUAGCCGAGAGAAAAUUGUGUUACAGUAAAAAAAAACACAUUAAACCAUCAUCUGUCAUAACUUUGUACAUAAAUUAAAGUUAUUAAAAAAAA